UCACAAAAUAACAAAUUAAUGGCUGGUGAGAUGGUUGUAAGUUUGUGAGAAUGACGCCAUAACUAUGAGUGAGAGAGAUAGAGGGAUCACACAAUAAAUAGGAGGGCAAGAAGGUUUUCAGAAUUGCUAUCCAGUGUACAAAAGUACAAGAUAUUUUCUUUGAAGAGUGAGUUUUAGCUAUGAGGAGAGAGAGAAUCAAAUAGUCUUAGUUUUGCUUCUACUGUUUCUUGGAGUCAAGCGCACAAGCAUUUUCUUCCAAACAAAGUUUGCAGGUUUUUUGCUCCAUCCUUUCACUUUAUUUUUGUUCAAAUAAAAUUUUCAGGAAAAGUAAACUUGAUUAUUAUUGGAAAAAAUGGCCAUACCUACUACUGUGGCUACUGGUUCAUUUAGAAAAGAAUUUCUUUCUUGGUUGGAUACACUUGCAAAAGAAAUGAGAUGCGAAGAGUUAGCCAUUGACAUAGAACUAGCCAUGGAGCCAACCCAGUGGCCUGAGUGUUGCAUCUACGUAGUCCCCAAGAAACUUCGUGAGGUACACAAAGAAGCCUACACUCCAAAGCUAAUUUCAAUAGGCCCUCUUCACCACGGCAAAUAUGAACUGCGUUCCAUGGAAAUGCUUAAACUAAAAUAUCUCAGGGAAUUCUGUUAUCGGGCUAAGACAUGCCACAAGGAUAUUGCAAGGGUCAUUGAAGAAAAUGAACAAAAGAUUCGCCGAUGUUACAAAGAAAGCUCUGACUUCGAUCUUAGCAGUGAAGAUUUCGUGAAAAUGGUUUUAUUGGAUUCAAUCUUUAUAAUUGAGCUAUUCUUGAGGUCUGCUGCGAUUGAUGGGCUCUUUAGGAGGAUUGCUGCGUGUGGAGAAGAUGAAAGUUAUGCAAGUGAAGAAGAUGGAUGCUGUAAUGUAAGAGGAGAUUGCAUAGCAAGUAAACCAUUGCUGCGGAAGCAUAUACGGCAAGACCUGUUACUACUCGAAAAUCAGCUUCCAUUUUUUAUUCUCGACGAGUUACACACACAAUUUUCCAGGUGUGAACAAAACAAUUUUAUUUCCUUCCUUAAGCUUGCCCGUAAUUACCUUUUUCCCAAGAAGAAGAAAGACAUCGCACGCAUUGAUAAGAAGGAAGUAAAACAUUUCACUGAUUUGAUGAGAUAUCCCUACUAUCCAUCCAAAGCUUGUACUGGAGCUGAUGAUGAUCUAAUUGAAAAUCUACAUAAUGCAAAAAAGUUAAAUGAGGCAGGAGUGGUAUUCAAAAAGCCUGAUGAGGGAAAGUUAGUUAAGUUACUUGACAUAGAAUUCAAGAAAGGUUACCUCACGAACAUAUGUCCUUGCUUCACUUGCUCAUGGCUCUUGCAUUGCUUGCCGGGCUUGAAACGGUUUCAAUGCUUGGAGAAUACACAAACUAUCUUAGAAGUCCCAUGCUUUGAGGUACAUGACGAAACUGAAAGCAUUUUUCGAAACCUCAUGGCCUUGGAGCAGUGUCAUUAUCCAAAACAAGCUUACAUAUGCAAUUAUAUUGUGCUAUUGGAUCAUCUUAUCAACACUAGAGACGAUGUGGAGUUUCUUGUUGAAAAAGGGAUUAUCGUUAACGCCAUAGGCAGCAAUAAAGCAGUUGCCACUAUGGUUAACAAACUUGCCCUUGAAAUUACGGAAAAGAAUACUUGUUACAAACAUCUCGCUGACCAAAUUAAUAAGUUCUACGAGAAUGAUUGGAACCGUAAUAUGGGAUCCUUGGGAACAGUCUAUUUCCGUGAUAUUUGGAGAGGCACUGCAACUGUUGUUGGAAUCAUAGUCCUGGUUGUGACUAUCCUGAAUUUCCUUAGGCCUUUUGUCUUCAAGAAUAUUUAAGUAUUUUCAUUGUGAUAUUAUCAAUUAUUUGUUAGUUUGGCAUUGCUUGUAGUUGUUUUCAAAAUUGUCAGUCUAUUUAGUUUGUGAAA